AGUACAGAUACAGUAAGGUCCAAAGUCUUGUGGCUUGGCUGCCAGUUUUUUCUCGUCCCACUCUUCUGACGACCGAAAAUGUUGCGCGGAUAGCGGCAAGACAUCAACUUGUUUAUGUCAUUCAUAAUAUAAACUUUAUUUUUUUAUCGUAUAGAUGAUUUCAUCCAAUAUAGAUGAAACUGAUGUCCCACCUUUGGACGAUUUUUCUGACGUCUUAAAGAAAGUACAGUCAUUACAAUUAACAGAAAGAAGCAGAGUCGACAAAACAGUAUCAACUAAAGAGAUAGAAAAAGGACUGAAAGGCCUUUGGUGGCUUUCAAAAGGAUUUCUUGUGACUAAGAAAUGCAGUGAGAAAAAGCAAACAAAAUCUAGAAAAGAUGACCAAAUACCAGUGAUCCUUCAUAAACCAGAGAAAACAUCCAGCCUUUCUUUACCAGAAGUGCAGAAAGCCAUGGAAACAACAUCAUUUUUACAAAAUAGAGAUUGGGUAACAGAUGAACUGCUGAAGAAAUUAGAAGAAAGACCAGAUAUGCUGAAAAAACUAGCAGACCCUAGAUAUUCACAGGCUUUGAACAUGUUCAGAAACAAUCCUGAAGAAGGAAUGAAAUUAUUACAAGACAAAGAAGAACUACAAAACUUUAUAAAGGAAUUUUGUGGCAUUUUAGGUGAACACUUUACAUCAAUGGCUGAUCAAAAGGAUAUAUGUGAAAAGGAAUCAAUAGCAAAAACUUCAUCAGCCACAAAACAAGAUCAAGAACAAAUGAACAAGAUCUUAUCAGAUCCAACCACCCUAGAGGUUCUUAAAGAUCCAUGGGUUUCCAAACUAAUCAUGAAUUUAAAGGAGAAUCCUGUUGAGGCCAGGAGAAUGCUUGCGACAUCAAAACCAGAAGUACUAUCAAAAAUAAAAAUAUUAAUAGAUGCAGGAAUACUUGGCUAUGAAUGACAGAACUUGUAAAAUAGGAUUGUAUUUGUACUAUUAUAAUGAUUAAAAAUAUGUGAUGUUAAUUCAUUAGCAAACUAUCAAUGUUAUGACAGUUUGAUGUUUUUCUUUCAAUACAAAUAAACCUUUUAAAACUCUUCCCUUA